CGAUCACUUAUGUUGUCAUGUCUGUGAUUUACUGGCAAGUGGAUGUGCGCUGAGUGAUAUUACCGAAAUCCCAUUCAGAAACUGACAACCUCUGCUUGAUUUCCUCCGGUACUGUAAGCUUCUUAAUGAACUAGUAGUGGAAUUUGAAUUAGGACUUGAAUAUAUUGACAUCCGAUUGAGUUGAUGUUUCGAUCAGGUGAAGGAAAGACAAGUUUGUCGGACUAUAUGCGAAUAUGUAGACAGCUUGGUCAUUGACUGACGGUAAUAAAUAAUAAAGAGCCAUAUUGACGUGUUUUAUGGUCGUGCAGUUUCUAAUGCACAUGAGAAUAUUUGAAACGUGACUCGCUUGACAUUGCUGUAGAAUCCCUCAAAGUUUUGAUUGUGGUAAUAGAAAUCGCUUGGAGCUUGAGUGAAUUUACUUAACAAGCUGCAUUCUCUGACUUUUAUUUCAGUCAAAGAUGCCUCGACAGAUUGACAACAUAAAAGAAUUUCUGCACAUGACACAAAGGGCAGACGCCAAAUCCGUUAAAAUCAAAGAGAAUAAAGACAAUGUCAAAUUUAAAAUUCGCUGCAGCCGAUUUUUAUACACACUUGUUGUAGUUGAAAAGGAGAAAGUUGGGAAGAUUAAACGCUCACUCCCUCCAAAUCUGACUGUCAAAGAACUGUAAUGUGCUGUUGACAAAUAAAUACUUUGAUAACGAAGUUAGUCUCAUGAUUUCCUGACAGUGUGUGCGAGUGUGACUAUGAGGGAAGCUAGAAUGAGACAGCCGCGAUAUCUAUAACCACAUGUGAAGCUGGGUUACAACACCUCACACCAAACUGAAUUUUAGUUGCUGACGGCAACGACUAAGAAGUCAAUAAAAUUAGCGACUGUGGAAAGUUGCAGGAUGAAAGAGGUGCAAGGAACAGAGUGAGGUCACACAAGAUUAUAGUGCGUCAGAUAUGAGAGUUAUUGCUUCUGCCCCACCGUGAAUGGAUUUUAGAGUAUUCGUUUGUCUUGAGAAACGUUUGUAAUUUGUUGGUGCAUUCCAACGAGAUGAAUUACAUUAAUUGACGUUAUUCAUUGCGGCCUCGCAGAAAGAAGACUUAGAAACGAGUAUAAUAAACAUUGAGGUGAAGACAGUAGGUGUAGUCACCAUUAGUUAAAUAGUACCGUCGUUGAAUUCUAUCUAACAAACGCAAAGGGGUUACUGCGCUGCAGAAAGAUUCGUAUAGGAAGUGAUUGUGUUGUGUUUUCGUAUGCCCACUAAGAUUGCACUCGAUUUCAUGUGGUAUUUUUUGAUGAAACAUGUUGUGGCGAAGGAUGUGUUGCGUUUCAGGGUUAGAAAACGGUUGUGUGUGGGGACGAAAUAGUAGACUUUUGCUAGUUGAGGGAUUGUGAGUGGGUGUGAGACUGGACACUGUGAAUAAACCACUUGUUGUGACGAGUUUUAGGCGAUGUGAUGGUGUGUUGGACGAAGUGUCUUGGCGUAGGAAUGCAAGGGAGGGUAUUUAUGCGGAUGUAGCGUGUCCCGGGUGGGUUAUUUUGCUGUGUAUUACGUUUUCAUGUAGACUUACUGUGACACGGAAAGUGAGAACGGAUGAGAUAUAGUUGUCGUGGAUCCCUGUCAAGUCUGAUGCUUGAUCUGACGGUUUGUAGUUAGCUGGUGUUUCAGCUAGUUAGUGUUGAGAGAUUCGCCGGGACUCCUUUGGAUAUGAUUAGUCAAUGUUGACGGAUGCAUGAAGACAAGAGAGAGAAUUGUCUGAGUCUGGUAAUUAUUUGUGUCUGGCUUUGGUUAGCCAACAAGUAAGUGGUGUCUAAUUUUCUGAAUGACUGGUGUUGAGAUGGCGACAAAAUGGUGCGUUCAUGUGACUCUUGACACUGAAUGACUGGGCAUACUGAAGAGGGGUCUUCGUGGAAUACAAAGUGCCAUUAACAGGUUAGUUUUCGACUAGGACAAAUUCUAGUUUUCAUUGUCUUUGUCUUACUGUGUGGUGAGUGUAUGACACCUCUUAUGAGAUGAUAGUGAUUCGUCUUUCACACUGACUGCUUGUCUAAAUUGAUUCUCACAUGUUUAUCUUUUAAGAUGUCAGUGGUGCACACUGGUUGAGUUGGAGCAAGUUACCGUGAAGUUGUUGUUUUGGUGACAUGAAGGGCGUAUAUGGACGAAUGCGGCUUUCCGUUUGGCGACUUAUAGGCUGGAAUGGUUCCUACCAGUUGUUAUAGUGCCACUGCAUUCUGGUAGUCUGGGAAGAAAGAACUAUGAUGUUACUUGUGAUGAACAGUGUUUAGUCGAGUGUAUAAAGCAAUGUAAAGUAUACAUGUUAUGUAGAACG